GCGGCUGGGCCGAACGGGAGGUCAGCCCUCUGUGGGGCUCUGACUCGUACCUCUGGCUGAGAACCUUUCCUAGAGAAAGACAAGACCAGUUGGCAGGCGCUCCUCCCUGUUCUGCCGUGACAGGACCCCCUGGGCCAGUGUGGCCGUGGGCAGGCGGUGGGGGCAGAAGAAAGCAGGAGAGAGAGGAACCUCACUUGUCGAAUCCAGCCUUGCUCUCCCUGGGCUGCGGAGCCCAGGGACCAACUCCACAGGCAGCAGAGCAUGUGACUGAUGGGGCCAAACUGAACCCAGCCGGGGUGCAGGGGAACGGAGUUCGGGAAGAGUCCCUGGGUCCCACAGUGAGGAGCCUGGGGACGGGGCUUGGAACAGUGUGGAACCCCUCGGCCCCCUGCCCGCAGUGCGGGCCCACAACACACUUCUCCCUCGCAUGACGAUUUGCUGGAUGUGGCGUCUUGGUCAUCCACACCGCUAGGAUGGAGAGACCCGAAUCUGUCACCCUCUUCUGGAGCCGGGGAGCUGCAGCUAACUCGGGUCGGGAAAACGCGACAGCGACUGCCCACUCGAGGUCGUCAUGGCGACAGCCAGUGAACGUGUUCCUCUCCUCGGGCAGGCCCCCGAGUGUAGAGGAGCUGCUUCGAGAGGCGCAGCUCAAUCUCCAGAGCCUGUUGCAAGAAGAAUAUGAGGAACAGUACCCGGAGGCCAGACUUCUGGGGCAGACCUUCCGCUCUGCUGAUGAGGCCCCCGAGCCCACUCCUAGCCCAAGGCCCCAGGCUGGCAGGCGUCUGGAGUUUGUGCUGAUGCCUACAAAACGGCAGCCGAGCGAGGAUGAGACUACCACCCAGGGUGUGAGGGCCCCCGAGGCCUCCCUGAGCCUGUCUACCACAGCCGACAAGCAAGCUGCCUGGAAUAGCCCCUCCCCUCUGCCCAUCCUAGAGGAGAAGCGGUGGCUUCAGCCUUGUUCCACGCACUCUGACAUUGUGCCCAUCAACAUCUCUGGGCAACAGUUUGAUAAACACGCAAGUUUGCGACACUCGUUGUUUAACACAGAGACAGCCGUGAACCCCAAGUCCACCCUGAGGCGGAGGCGGACCAUUAUUGGAUUCUCUAACUUUUCCCAGCGAGACCAAGGUCACGGCAACAGGCUGACGGGCAGCGUGGCCCGCACCGCCACCUCGGACAUCAGGCCCAGUCAUUCGGCCCCAGAAGGUGUGCAUGGAAGAGUGGCAGUUGGUCAGGAAGUUCAGUUCCCAAAUCUCACCUCCCCAGGACUGAGGAGUCCUUCUAGUGACCCGGAGGAACCUCUCCAAGUGCGCGGUGCCACAAAACCCCCAGGCAUGGAGAGCAUAGGAAUGGUGUACAGCGUCCCCAGUUCUUGCAACGGGCCGACAGAAUCUACGUUCUCUGCUUCCUGGAAGGGAGAUACUUUUACCUACAUGACUCCAAGUGCCGCCAGCCCAAGCAGUCGAGUGGGUGAAAACGGAAGAGAUCCUUCCUCGGGCAACGCUUGGGUCCCUCUGCACACGCUGCCGCCUCUAGUUCCUAAGGAGGCCGCUACCCUCUUUGUCACUCGUGAUAACCCUGCAGGAUGCAGUGGGUCAGCUGGCUACUCUGAGCACCCAACUCAACGAAGGCAAGCAUCGGAGCGACCCUCCAAGAUCGGCCUUCUCACCAGUGGUACCUCAAGGCUGGAGACAGGCCCAGGGGGGUCCAGCAGGUUCCGGGAGCGGUCACUGUCUGUGCCCACGGACUCGGGCGCCGCGGAUGUGGACUACAAGGAGGAACAGAAGGCCAGUGAGGCCUGUGCCCUGCCUCACGCCAGUACGAGUUCUGAGGGCAGUAACAGUGCCGACAACAUUGCCUCCCUUAGCGCCCAACAGGAGGCCCAGCACAGGAGGCAGAGAUCCAAGAGUAUCUCUCUCCGGAAGGCCAAAAAGAAGCCUUCCCCACCCAUGCGCAGUGUCUCGCUGGUCAAAGAUGAGCCGGCCCUCUCGCCGGAAGGUGGGUCAGCACUGCCCAAGGACCAGCGGCCCAGGAGCCUCUGCCUCUCCCUGGAACACCAAGGACGUCACUCAUCCCACCCCGAUGCUCAGGGUCACCCAGCUGUGCCAACCUUCAAAGAUCCGGAAGGUACACAUUUCUCCCACCACUGGUAUCUGACUGACUGGAAGUCUGGCGACACCUACCAGUCCUUGUCCAGCUCCAGCACUGCCACUGGCACCACGGUCAUCGAGUGCACCCAAGUUCAGGGCAGCUCAGAGUCUCUCGCCUCCCCUUCCACGUCCAGAGCCACGACACCUUCCCAACUCUCCAUCGAGGUGGAGGCCAGGGAAGUAUCCUCCCCAGGAAGGCCCACGGGGCUGAUGUCACCCUCCAGUGGAUACUCCAGCCAGUCGGAGACACCAACGCCCACCGUCUCCAUGUCCUUGACCCUGGGCCACCUGCCCCCACCGAGUGGCAGCGUCCGGGUGCGUCCGGUGGUACCUGAGAGGAAGUCGUCGCUCCCCCCAACCUCGCCAAUGGAGAAAAUCUCCAAGUCACGGCUGUCGUUUGACCUGCCGUUGACCUCUUCAACCAACCUGGAUCUGUCUGGGAUGAGUAUCUCCAUCCGAAGCAAAACCAAGGUGAGCCGGCAUCACUCAGAUACAAAUUUUGGGGCCAAGCUGGCCCAGAAAACGAGCCCCAACCAGCCCGUUAUGCCCAUGGUCACUCAGUCCGACCUCCGUUCCGUGCGCCUGAGGUCAGUCAGCAAGUCUGAGCCGGAAGAUGACAUCGAGAGCCCGGACUAUGCUGAGGACACAGGAGCGGAAGUCUUCACCUUGCCAGAGAGAAAGACGAAACCUCCCAUAGCCGAGAAGCCCCCCGUGGCCCGAAGGCCUCCGAGCUUGGUCCACAAGCCACCAUCGGUCCCCGAGGAGUACACACUCACCUCGCCGACCUUGGCUAUGACCCCCAAGAGCUCAGUUCAACACACGCGGCCACUCCCUCAAGACAUCUACACGGUGGUGCGGAAACCAAAGCCCUCCAGCUUCCCUGAGGGCAGAAGCCCCGGGGAGCUGCCAGCGCCCUCGUCUCUCGCUUUCACACCUUUUGCCAGUUCCUCUGGUGCUUUCUUCUCAGGAACACAGCAACCUCCCCAGGGCACCACGGAGGACGGGGGCCCCAAGGCGAGAGCCCUGCCUGAAAGAAUCAGCCUCCAGAGCCAGGAGGAAGCAGAAAGAAAGAAAGGCAAGAUCCCACCUCCCGUCCCCAAAAAGCCCAGCGUGCUGUACCUGCCUCUCACCUCACCCACGGCUCACAUGGAGGCGUACGGGGCCGAACUGAGGCUGCCUCUCAGCCCCAUCAUCACCCUGCAGGAAGAAGCCAAGGGUUCCCCCACCAGUGACCACCCGCAGUCCCCUGGUACGAGGACAACUUCACCACUGCAGGCCGAAGGUGAAAGGGAGGCAAGUCCUCUAGGGAGCUCUGCAGAACCGAGCACUGAAGAAAAAAGUGUAAUCAGUGAUAAAACAGCCGAAUGGAUCGCCGAAGACGAUGAUGACGUGUUUGUGGCUUCACGCACAACGGAAGAUUUGUUUACUGUGAUACACAGGUCCAAAAGAAAGCUGCUUGGCUGGAAAGAGCCUGGGGAGGCCUUUGCCGGCGGCGGCAGACCGAGCUCCCAUUCACCAGUAAAGAACCCAGCUGAUUCUCCAGUCAGUGAGUCAGCUGCCUCUGCAGGGUCAAGCGGCAGUGCCAACCUAGAUGCUGGCAGAAACGAUGAUUUCAAGGCCUUGCUACAGAAGAAGGGAAGCAAGGCAACUCCAAAGUCCCGCCCCUCAGCAGCCGAACUGCUGAAGACCACUAACCCACUGGCUCGGAGAAUUAUUGCACAAUUUUCACAAGACUACGAAACCACCGAUAACCCCAGUACCUAAGGCCCGGGUUCAGCAAACAGGGUUUAGUCACCAGACUUGAGUAGACGAAGGGGAAGAGAAAGGGUUUUAAAAAGGAGUUGUGGAAAUAACAGAAGAGCCUACUUGUCCUUUCCAUUCAUUCACCCUCUGGACAGCAGGAGAGAGGCCACUCGACCUAGAACUAAAAUCAUCAGGCACUUUAAUCACCUUCGGACAUUUUGCAUUGUCAUACGUAACAAUCUUGCCAUUACUGACUACAGAUUUUCUCCUUCUUUCCCCCCAGUGCUGUGCCCCGAGGAGAAAUUCUCAGGCGCAAGGGCACCUGUGCCGUCUUUUCGGUCACUGACCGGGCUGCUCUGUCCCUGACUCCUGUCACCGCGGGGCACAGCGCGAGGGCCGACUGGGGCUGCCGAAACGGGGGGUUUUCCCAUUAUUCACUUUCCGGGCAAGGCCUCGAUGGCCCUGUGUGGAGAAGCGGAAAGACUCUGAGGCCUCUUCAACCACAGUCUUGCUCUCCCAAGCCCCCCUCAGAGAGGUUUGCGGGUGUACACUUAUUUCAGCAUGGGGUUGAUUGGCUGGCUUUUGUCAUGCAGAAUAUGAAUGUGACUCUGUCUUGAAAUUCAUGCCUUUUUCAGUUGGAUUGUCUACGCGGAGAACAGGGUGAUGAGUUCCGAUAAACAUGUAGACCCCCUCCCCCUUUAGCUAGGAAAAGUCAGGACUGGGUUGCUUUGGAUGAACCAAGUUCAGCCAACAAACGAGGCAGCCAAGCGUUCUCUCAGAUCUAGCCGAGGCGACUCACACGCGCGCGUGCGCCGUGAGAUUCUCCCAAGUGUCUGUCAACAGUGAGAGUUAGGAUCGGUGCCCAGCUCAGGCUGCAUUCUAAGAACCCUCGUUUCAUUUGCAUAUAACCUUCAUUACAGGAAGUAAUUAGCUGAAGGAACAGCAUCAUCAAAGGCUCAAGGAGGAGAGAAAGAAAAAGGAAGAAAUGUUCUGUUUGUUUGGUAUUGCCAACCCUUAAAUACCUAUCUUCACCGUGGUGGCUGUUCUCGACGAGGGCUCCGUUUUUAAGAUUUUGCCUACAUAGUGGAAUUUGAUAUCAACAAAUCCACCAACAAAAUCUGAACUGGAACAGCCAGUUAACCCCUCUCAGCUUCUCCUUAAUGCCAAGCUUUAUAGGAACUUACUCCUUAUGUGGUGUUCAGCUUUUUUUUAUGUCCAAUUUUAUAAGAUGUUAUGCAUGAGGACGCAGCAUUGUGCUCAUUGUAUAAGUCACCCCGAACUCAUUUCUUCCUCCGUAUGUAUGAUGGUGAUGAAAUAUCAGUCUGUAUGUCCUGACCUCUCCCGAUCAACUGUAAAUGACAAAUCUUUUCAUUGAUUUUUAAAUGAGAUAUAUUAACUCUGGCUAGUAGUUAAAAUUUUAUUCUUUUUAUUAUAUUUCAUUGCUACUCUUUUCUACUGACUCCAAAGCUAACUUUGGGGAAUAUUUCUUAUUUCUAGGUUGUUGUAUUUCUCUUAUUUCUAUAUUUACCUGUAGUCACGGAAUGUUAGAACUGAAAGGGACCAACCUCUCAUGUCACACAUGAGGUCCAGAAAGGUCAAAUAACUUACACGAGGUCCUGUACACAGUAGGAGGGUCUGGCCUCAAUCCCAGGUCUCCUGCCUCUGGGGCCAGUGUGUUUUCAUUUAAAGCACUGCAUUUAGAGAGAACCCACAGCUGGCUUCUACUUUUAUGACAUAUGAAUUUCCCGGGUAUUUCAGUGAACUAAUUAGCUAUGCUUUAAGGGAAAAUGCUCAAGAUUUCUUUAGUUGAAUCUGAAGACAAAUCUCAUUUUCAAUUUAGAAACAUUCAUUUCCCCUCCAAAUUUACUUUGUUUUUCCUAAGAGAUGUUUGAAAAAUGAUUUUUUGUAGAUCAAAUUCCACUUUCUGGUAGAGAAGCGUCCUAUGUGGGGGAAUCUUCUGGCGACUUCUUUUGAUAAACAAAAAUCCAAUGUCCCCUAAUAUCUCUACUUCUUUUUAGUGUGACCUUUUGUAAUUGGUAUUUAUUUAAAGUAGGGCAAACCAAUAUAGGCUUUCCUAGAAUCUACUUUAUCCUUCCCUUCUGAAACUUUAUGAGAUAUUUUCAGACUGUUAGAUGCUCGUGAGAUCUUUAGUUGUGUUCUAGAAACUUCACCUAACUUGAUGUUACGUCAAUCCCUGGGCUCAAACUCUAUCUCCAUCUUACCAGAAAAUUACAGAAUUUCCUCAUCAGUACUGAGCUCUGCAUGCAUUCUCUUUUCUGGAACAUUCUUUGCCUGGUGUGACUCUAUUUAGCUAUUCUUGGGCUUCCUUCCAUGGUUCAUGCAUACCUUACUAUUCUGUGGAACUGCAGUCAGUGUCCCUUUAGGGCCAUGCUAGUCACAUGGAGUGGUCUUUCCAGUUAUUUCCAUCGUUCCCUUGUUUCUACUGGACCUCCUCUGGUUUCCAUUUUCAGGAAUGCUCAGAGAUUGGUGGGAUCUUGACCCGGCGGGGGGGGGGGAGUUGACACGCAUUUUUGGCAAAGGGCCAGACAGUAAGUAUUUUAGGUUUUGGGGUCCACACGUGGUCUCUGCAGCAUAUUCUUCUUUGUCGUUGUUUCUUUUUUUCUUUGUUUUACCACACUUUAAAAAUGUAGAUACCAUUCUUAGCUCUUGGGCCAUAGAAAGCCCCAAGCUGGAUUUGACCUGCUUGUCAUAGUUUACUGACCUCUGGUCCAGACAAUCUUCUGGGACAGGCAUUUCUGUGACUGGCCCCAUGUGAUAACUAAAUUGUAUGCUGGAUGAUGGGGCUCGCUACCCUCCCAUCUACUUACUACACUGUCACACCAGUCUGCACAGAAGUGGGUGGAGAAGGGCUGCAUAUGUCAACCCAUGACUCUAAUAGGGUACUCUUCAUCAUGGUCUUUCUCUCUCUCUUUCUCCCUGUCUCUCUGUCCCUCUGUUUCUCUCUCACUGACUACCUUGGUGUAGAAACCCUCAUUCAUUUUUCCAGGCCUCCUGACCUGAGCCGAAGGCAGCCGCUUAACCCCCUGAGCCACCCGGGUGUCCCUGCUUUCUGAACCUUUAAAAGGAUUCCCUACGGGCACCUGGCUGGCUUAGUCCAUAGAGCAUCUGACUUUUGAUCUUGGGGUUAUGAGUUCAAGCCCUUCAUCAGGCCUAGACCUUACUUUAAAAAAAGAAGAAGAAGAAGAUUCCCUAAAGUUUCCUCACAAGUCUCUCCAUCUCGCUCCCAUCUCUACGUCUCCUGCCACCUGGGAGUCUAAAGCUCAGAUUCGCAUUUUCACAUUUGCUCAUAGAAGCACUGAGGGGCAUGAGGGACGAGGGCGGGUGCCUGAGCGUGUGAGCAUGGUUUCUCCCCUGGGACUGUGAAGGCCCCAUUGACUAAUGUCUCUCUCUCUCUCUCUCUCUCUCUCUCUCUCUCUCUCUCUCACACACACACACACACACACCAUGUACACAUGCACACACUCCAUCCAGUGUUCUCAUCAGUUCUCUGGUCCAGGUCUACGUCUGGUCAAGGAGAAGGGGAUGGUGUGCGGCUCCUGAGGCAUUUCGCUUUUUCUUGUCUUUUGAAACUUCUUUCGGCUGGUUUGUGCCGGCUUCUCUCAAGAAGCCAUUUGAAGAAACUCCUUUGUGACGGUUGUGGACAGGCUGACAUACAGAGCGCUAGGACUUUAACUCAAUAUGAACUCGGUCACUCAGACAUACUUCUGAGGCUGCAGUUUUUCCUCUAGAAGCAAAUUGUCUCUUAGGACCUUUUGGCUUGCUUCCUGUCAUUUGAGCCCAGGGAUCUGCCCAGUUACUGAAAACUAAAUUUUAAAGUCAGAGGCAUGUGUACCUUUCAGGAUCUCCCUAUGUGAAAACAUCCGUGAAACAGUUUCUUUCUGCCUUUGGUUUAAGAUUGCCAGACUGAGGAAGGCAACCAGGCUUAUGCCUUGAACUCUAAGACAGCGAAAGGGUUACACUUGCCAAAAGCAAAACGAGGAAGGAGGAUUGACUAGUCCUACUGUGCAUAGUCAGGAGACAGACUCUUCUUACGUUGGCUUACUAAGUGCCAACAACGCACUUAAGAAAAAUAAGGGAGACAGGAAUUUACAGACCAAUAUCCUAAACUGGAAGGCGGCGAUAAGGCCAUUCCCCCAGUGAUGAGACAGUGUCCCUGGAUAAAAAUUUCAAGAAGCAGCAGAAACUAGGAGAGAUCAUCAUCCCAAUCCUUUUUAGAAUUCUAACACAAAACGGAAGGAAGCCCUCUGUGGGGUGAUAUGACAAAGGGUUUUUCUUGUCUUUUCUUUCUUUCUUUCUUUCUUUCUUUCUUUCUUUCUUUCUUUCUGUCUGUCUGUCUUUCUUUCUUUUUUUCUUUCUUUCUUUCAGCAUUCCAUACUGGCUUGCUACCAGCAAUUGAAGUGUAUUCUUUAUAUGCUAGAGCUGUUUGUGUCUUCUCAAAAUAAAUUGUUUCUGUUAAAAAUCA